AUGGCGACGAAGCGCCUCCGUAAGGAGUACUUGGCCAUGCAGCGCAAGCCCGUGGACUACAUUCAGGCGGUGCCACUAGAGACCAACAUUCUGGAGUGGCACUACGUGAUCACAGGCACUAAGGGAACACCCUACGAGGGAGGGUUCUAUCAUGGCAAGCUCAAGUUCCCACCCGAAUAUCCUAUGAAGCCUCCGUCCGUCAUGAUGAUUACACCUAAUGGCCGCUUCAAGACCAACCAGCGUCUAUGUCUCAGCAUGUCCGACUUCCACCCAGAGACGUGGAAUCCCAUGUGGUCUGUUAGCUCAAUCCUCACGGGACUCUAUUCAUUCAUGUUGGAGAACCAGGCGACACUGGGGAGUAUUAGUACUACGGAUGCUCAAAAGCGGAAGUAUGCAGCGGCGUCAUUGGAGUCCAAUUGUACCAAUGCUACAUUCCGGAAACUCUUCCCGGAUCUGGUAGCAUUACAGGAAGAACGGGAGAAAGAUCAAGAACUACUGCGGCAGCUGACUCCGGAUGGAGCGACAACGACGUCGUCUGCUAGCAGUACCAAAGGCGCCAUGGAGAAUGCAGCGGUGAUAGAGGACUGGUCCGCGACGGUGUAUCUGAUCGGCAGUGUGCUCAUGCUAGCCACUUUCACGGCAUACUGGCUGUCAUAA